AUGACUGAACCCGCGGCAAUACCUGAUCCACCAGUUCUGGAGAAGCUUGUUCCACAAGCGGAAACAUUCCUGGUAGAGGGACUCUACAUAGGUCUUUUGUCGCGACAUCGGCCCCCCACAGAGGUGCGAGAGUGGUUUGAUAACAACCAUGUUUGUGAGAUGCUUAAUAUACAUGUCAAACGAAAGAACAAGAGCACAGUCUACCUAACGGCUAUCGUUUUGUGUAUGGCCGGUCAGCUGGAUGGAGUCAAGGUCCGGUUGACACCUACUGUCUGGAUUUCGGGCGGUGACAAGAGGUCGAAGAGUAGCAUCAAAAACUCAAUCGGCAAUGCGAGCUAUCUCAACAAGUUCCUGACGAAGUUCCAGAUGAGAGAGCCUCAUGUCACCGCAAGCGGCCCAGAGAUCUUGUCAGGAGUAAAAGUCUCUUCAGAAGCUGGCGUACACACUUUUGAGAUCCGAGCUGCUGCUGACGAGAGCUUGGAUUCUGUGUGUGGUACUAGUGCCAGAUUUACUAUGGAAGCAACAUCGGAUGGCAGUACCUUCAAGUGUUACUCCACUAUUGGCGGCUUGAUCCUAGUGGAUGGUAACCUUUUCGCCAUAACUACCGCUCAUGCGAUCACGAAAUAUGGAAUGCCGAAUCCUAAGGACAUAGUCGUGGAUGGAACAAAUGGUGAUACUUACGCCAUAACAACCACUCACGCUGUCACGAAGUAUGAAGUUCCGGAUCCUCAGGACAUGGUCAUAAAUAGAACAGAUGAUUCUUCCGUGCUGAGCGGCUCGCAUGUGCGCGAAUGGGAGCCCUCACCGUUCCCAAACGCUUUUGCAUAUUUGGGCGACGCGUAUAUUCAAGGCGUGAAAGUUGACAAGCCUAUUGUUGAUGCUGCAGAUUUUGCUCUGGUCGAGCCCAAAUCAUUGCGGAAGCUAGGUUACAACACAUACCAGAUCGAAGGUUGGUCGCACUUCGAAGCAGUAUCAGGCUACAUACCAACUUCUGAACUCAAAUCUGGGGAUGUGACAAUUUGUACAAACGACUACAGGCUUCCGAUGAAGGGAACAAUGGUAGAAGGAGACGCACCCAUCAUCGUGGGAGGUGUUGUGAUGAUUACGAAGAUGAUAGAAGUGACGAAGCCGGCUGCUCCCGGCUUAUCGGGCUCUUGGGUCGUUCAAGAUGGGAAAUUGUGCGGUGUUGUAUACGCAGGCAAUGCUUCAAUUCCAUACCUUUACAUUAUUCCAGCCGAGAUCAUGCUGGAGAAUGUAAAGAAGUUACUUGGAUCUGGUACUGUGGGAGUAGCGACUGCUCAGAGCAUAUCUGAGUGGAAACUCCGAAAUGUACACGAUCACACCUUUGGAUCUUCAGCCUAUGAGUCUUCAUCGCCUGAUGUUAGGAUCGAAACGUCUCAACAGCCUGGAGAAAUAUCCUUGGAUGAGACGUAUCAAGUGGGAGAUUUGGUUCGAACCAAUGCUCCACUUGUUGGUGAAUCGCAAGAAGUGUAUACUGUUUAUGGUGGUUGGAUAGAUCAAGGAGGCAGCAUACAAUACACGUUACAGAGGUCUGAUAGAAAGUUGGCGGAGGGAGGAAAAGGAUUCCGUAAACAUGAACUAGAACUUGUUGCCCGGAAGAGUGACCUUCCGGUUGAUGGAGGAAGAGAAUACAGUGAACGUGAACCGGAAUUUGUCUAG